GACGCACAUCCCUCGCAGAAGAGCAACAGCUACGCGGAGUUGCCCAAAGUGGACUACACAGAUUCUUCUGCAGAUAGAAGGCGACCUGAUACCCGGCUUUCAUAUCCUCUGCUCGGGGAGACCAGCAGCCGUGGGAUGCGCCUGGACAGAGGUUCGGUGAGGUUAAAGUCGGAUAAAGAAAUGAGACUGGAAGGGUGCAGACUGUAAGCAUCGCUUUCAAAACUCCGGAGGAAUAACGGGACCUGAAUGAAUGUAAAAUAAAGCGUUCGGUUAUUUUGUUUUAUUUAUUUUUUUAUACGGGGCGUAAAGACCCAUCCCCACAUCUGAAGACAUGAGAAUUGGGAGAGGAACAAAAAGCUAGGCUGCGGUGCUCAUUGUUUGAGGCUCCAUCCAUCCAAAGGGUCCAGUCUGCACACCUUUAUUCAUGUUGCAGAAGCCUGUUUUAUGACAAUGGAUUACUUGCUGUGGGUGUGCAGCCUCGUUGUCCCCGUGGUACUGGCUGUAGAAGAAACCCUUAUGGACAGUCGGUGGGCAACAACAGAGCUGGCAUGGACUACGUUCCCAGAGAGCGGGUGGGAGGAAGUGAGCGGCUACGACGACUCCAUGAGCCCAAUCAGAACCUACCAAGUGUGUAAUGUCCGCCAGCCCAGCCAGAACAACUGGCUGAGGACGGACUUUAUCCCCCGUAAGGGCGUGCUGCGCGUCUACGUGGAGCUCAAGUUCUCCGUGAGGGACUGCGCCAGCAUCCCAAACAUCCCCGGCUCCUGCAAGGAGACCUUCAAUCUGUUCUACUACGAGUCCGAGGGGGACGCAGCCACCGACAGUAGCCCCCUGUGGAGGGAGAACCCCUACGUGAAGGUGGAUACCAUCGCCCCGGAUGAGAGUUUCUCCCUCCUGGAGGCGGGUCGGAUCAACACUAAAGUGCGCAGCUUCGGCCCCCUCUCCAGGGCCGGCUUCUACCUGGCCUUCCAGGACCUUGGCGCCUGCAUGUCGCUCAUCUCCGUCAGGGUUUUCUUCAAGAAGUGCUCCACCACAAUUGCCAAUUUUGCCGUCUUCCCCGAGACCGCCACGGGGGCAGAAGCCACCUCCUUAGUGAUCGCCCCGGGGGCCUGCGUCAACAACGCCAUGGAGGUGUCCGUCCCCCUGAAGCUAUACUGCAACGGGGACGGAGAGUGGAUGGUCCCCGUGGGCUCCUGCACCUGCGUGGCCGGAUACGAACCAUCCUCGGACGGAACCCAGUGCCAGGCGAUCCCCAAGGCGCCUCGCAACGUUAUAUCCAGCGUGAAUGAGACCUCGCUGUCCUUGGAGUGGGAGGAACCCGAGGACACGGGCGGGAGGAGCGACCUGGUCUAUAACGUGGUGUGCAAGAAGUGCCUGAGGGACCGCAGCCCCUGCACGCGCUGCGACGACAACGUGGACAUCGCCCCCCGCCGGCUGGGGCUGAGGCAGAGGAAGGUGGUGGUGAGGAACCUGCAGGCCCAUACCCGCUACAGCUUCGAGGUGCAGGCUGUCAACGGGGUCUCUGGGAAGAACCCCAUCCCACCCGUCUACUCCACGGUCAACAUCACCACCAACCAAGCGGCACCUUCAGCAGUGCCCACCGUCCAUCUGAUGCGCUCCACCUCGGACACUCUCAGCCUUUCGUGGCUGCCCCCUGAGAAACCCAACGGGGUCAUCCUCGACUACGAGAUUAAAUACCAUGAAAGAGGCCAGGCGAUGUCCCACACUGUAACAUCCCAGCACAGCUCUGCCAAGGUGGAGGGGCUGAGGGCCGGCUCGCCCUACGUGGUGCAGGUCAGAGCUCGCACUGUUGCCGGAUACGGACGCUACAGCAACCCCAUGGACUUCAGCACGAGCCUUCACAGUGACCCUCAGAAGUCGGUGCAGGACCAGCUGCCUCUCAUCGUCGGCUCGGCCUCCGCGGGUCUGGUGGUCAUUGUUGCGUUGGUGGUCAUUGCUGUGGUCUGCCUUAAGAAGCAGCGCAGCGGCUCGGAGCUGGAGUACACAGAGAAACUGCAGCAAUACAUUUCUCCGGGUGUCAAAGUCUACAUCGACCCAUUCACCUACGAGGACCCCAACGACGCCAUCCACGAGUUCGCCAAAGAGAUAGACAUCUCCUGCGUGAAAAUAGAAGAAGUCAUCGGUGCAGGUGAAUUCGGCGAGGUGUGCCGCGGACGUCUGAAGCAGGCGGGUCGCAGGGAGAUGGUGGUGGCCAUUAAGACGCUGAAAGCCGGCUACACCGAGCGGCAGAGGCGGGACUUCCUGGGCGAGGCCUCCAUCAUGGGCCAGUUCGACCACCCCAACGUGAUCCGGCUGGAGGGGGUCCUGACGCGGAGCUGCCCCGUCCUCAUCAUCACGGAGUUCAUGGAGAACGGAGCACUCGACUCCUUCCUCAGGCUGAACGACGGGCGCUUCACCAUGACGCAGCUGGUGGGGAUGCUGCGUGGAAUCGCCGCGGGGAUGAAGUACCUGUCGGACAUGAACUACGUGCACCGAGACCUGGCCGCCCGCAACAUCCUGGUCAACAGCAACCUGGUCUGCAAGGUUUCCGACUUCGGGCUGUCCCGCUUCCUGGACGACACGUCAGCUGACGCCACUUACACCAGCUCCCUGGGAGGGAAGAUUCCUAUCCGGUGGACGGCGCCAGAGGCCAUCGCCUUCAGGAAGUUCACCUCCGCCAGUGACGUGUGGAGUUACGGCAUCGUCAUGUGGGAGGUGGUGUCCUAUGGGGAGCGGCCAUACUGGGACAUGAGCAACCAGGAU